UUUGUACACGCAUUACAUGGUUCAGGAAUGUAUGGCCCUUCGCAGUAGCGACCACUUGCGCGCUGUAGGCAAGCUACUGCUUAUCGUUAAGUGAUAUCACUUCCUUUACAGUACGUUUUUAACAGAUAGAAUGGUCAUGACCCAGCCCAAUAACGAACAGCGAAAGUCAGCUUGGCCUGACUUGCAACAAACUCCGGCAGUCCCUCAAAAUGGCGCACAGCACAGAGAAGUACUACGUCAGGGCGCUGGUCGCGAUGGACAACCGGUGCAUGCACAGCAAUUGCAGCAGCAGCAGCAACACCUUUCCAACCCUGACAGCAAGCCUAGCUCGGCUUCGCAGCAGCAAAGAAAGCGGACGACAACGGAGGAGGUUGAUCCUCGCAAUGCGAUCAAGAUGGUUGACCUUAGACAUAAAGCAAUCACCCUUAUACAACGGCAUGCUGGGACGCGAUGGCGCGAAGCUCAGCGUACGAAAUGGCUUAUAGACCUCGUAUGCGCCAUCGACCGCGACUACCGGGAACGCAUCGCCGGGCAAGAAGCCGAAAUCGCUGCCCUCCAAAAGCAGCUCCAACAAACUAACGGACUUCACGCAGCGGCCACAGAUGGCAUACAGACACAGAACGACCAUCUGCGGCGGCGUGUUGGCGCGCUGGAGGUGCAGCUGCGCGCCGCGCAGGGGGCCGUGCUGGACAUGCAGACUCGCAUCCGUGCCAGCGAGUUGGCACUGGAUGGGGCGGAGGAGGCGGCUCGCACCGCGCUGGAGGAGUGCCAGCAGCUGCAGCAGGCCGUAUCAGUGCUGGCUGCGCACGACGCCUCCGCCCGCAAGCUGCUGGCCGCGCGCGCGCACGUGAUGCGGGAGGCGCUGCUGGCCUCGCGCGGGCGCAUGCGGCAGGCGGCGGAGCAGAGCAGGCAGUUCAGGGCGCAGGCCUCCUCCCAGCUGUCCCAGCAGCGCCGCGCUGCCGAGCAGGAGCGCGCGGCGCUGCAGGCCGCCUCGCAGUCCAGUCUGGCGGCCGCCGCCACGCUGCACGGGGCCGCCAGCCGGCUGGCACUGGAGCAGGUGCUGCAGGAGCUGGAGGCGUACAAGGAGCCCUGGGCGUACGUGUACGGA